AUGUCUCAAAGCUACCCGAUCGUGUCAAAAAGUCAAACAUCAGGAAAUCAUUUGAGAUGUGAUCACUAUAUUCUAAAUGCGAACAUUGCUCGUUAUCAAAAACAGAUCAAUACAGGGGUUAACCACAAGCCAUAUGCACCGCCGCCACCUCCUCCUCCCCUCCCACCAAUACAUCAACAAGUGGACGCAAAACCUAGGGGAACCACCAGUAGCAAAACGUUUGCAGAGAUGGUCUCUGGACAUCGUACGCCGAAAGUUGCGGUGAAGCCGACAUCCAACUAUUUAGAUCAGAACAAUUGCAUUCUGACCGGGGAAGUCAUGAGUGCACAACAUAUAGAAAAUAUCCCUACUCUACUAAAACUUGACAACAAGUUCAUUGGCAGUAUUUACUACACUGGUGGUCUUAAAAUGAUGUUUAAAUUCAUUAACCCUUCGAACGCCGACACAUUUCUAGCUAUGACUCCAAUUGGAACUGGUGGUUCGGGGCUUAGAAAAGGUUUUGCAGAUAACAUGGACUGUGAUAGAUUAACUUGGGUAAACAUUUUUGGAGUUCCAGUCAGAUUCCGUUCAGACGAGAAUUAUUCCAAGAUUGUUGGUGUAUUUGGUAAAGUAGUCAACACAUACAACAACGGGGAUACUUUGGAUAUUUCCACAGGACACGUUUGUGUACUCACCAAGGACUGGUCACCGUUCGAUGCCAUGCUUGGUGAUCAUCAUUUGUUCAAGAAAUCUGUUGGGUCACCGAUUGACGUCGAUGAUGAAACAUGUUCGUUGAAUUCGAUUGAUUCUGAAGAUAAGGAAGACGAAGACGAGGCGGUAUCGACAAGAUGGGGGAAUCCUAAAAAUACGGAUGAAGUCCCGGAGGAGGGUGAAAUCGUUGAAGAACCAGAGGCCGGUGAUGAAGAAAUCCAAUCUUCGAUAGCUACGACGAUGGUGUUGCUGAUCAUCAAAAAAUUGUACUGA